AUGUCAUUACCAGCAUCGUUUCCCGACUCUUUACCAAUUUCCCAAGAGCGUCUAUCGCUUUUGAAUCGUUUUAAGAAUGAAAGAUUAGGGAAGCUCAGACCAAUAAGUGAAUUCUUUGAUAGAACAAGAAUUUCAAAACCAAAUGGCAUGGGAGACAUCACUCAACGUCUUUCCUAUAAUUUGACACAUUUCCAAUCAAAUUAUAUUAUUAUUAUGCUUGGUUUAUUGGUAUAUUGUCUUAAAUUAAAUCCUGAUGAACCAUUCGUUUUUCAAAAUCAAGUUAUCACUCAAAAACAACUAUAUGUUGGUUUAAUUGGUUUUUCUAUUCCUCUCUUAUUCAUAUCAUCUGCUGGAUCUGCCAUCUUUUGGAUUGUUGGUGCUUCUGCUACAUUGAUAUUGGGUCAUGCCGUAUUUCUUGAACCUGGUAUUGAAGGAGGUUUCUCGUCACCUGCAAACCAAGUUUAA